AUGUCGUACAGGUCUCCGCUCGUCCUUUCCGAAUCCGCCCCGGGGAGCCCAAACUACCGGAGGAAUGGCGCGGCUCUAUCUGAUGGACACCCGGAUCAGGACCUUCAGCAACUGGCCGUUCACCGAGGGCUGCGCCUGUACCCCGGAGAGGAUGGCGGAGGCGGGGUUCAUUCACUGUCCCAGCAGUAACAGUCCGGACGUGGCGCAAUGCUUCUUCUGUAUGAAAGAACUGGAAGGCUGGGAGCCGGACGACGACCCCCUGGAAGAACACAGGAAACAUUCUCCGCACUGCUUAUUCCUGACCCUGAAGAAGAAGGCUGAGGAUUUGUCACUCAGCGAAUUCCUCAAGCUGGAUAAGGAGAGAGUCAAAAUCAAAAUGCAAAAGGCGAUGACGAAGCACAUCGAGAAAUUCCAGACGACGGCACAGGCUGUGAGAAGCUCCUUGGAGAAGCUGGACAAAGAGGACCUGGAGAGGGAUGACUAG